UGUCCCCCGCAGCGCCUCAGCCGCUUCCAGGAGGAAUGCCACAAGUACAGCACGCUGGUCAUCAAGGGAGUGCGUGUCUUCGACCUGGCUGUUCUCGCCCCACUCAUGCGGGACCCAGCCCUGGACCUCAAAGUCAUCCACCUGGUGCGGGACCCCCGCGCUGUUGCCAGCUCGCGCAUCAGGUCCCGGCACGGCCUCAUCCGGGAGAGCCUGCAGGUGGUGAGGAGCCGGGACCCCCGCAUCCACCGCAUGCCCUUCCUUGACGCCAGCCACAAGCUGGGUGGAAAGAAGGAGGGCGGGGGUGGCUCGGACUACCAUGCCUUGGGUGCCAUGGAGGUCAUCUGCAGCAGCAUGGCCAAGACUCUGCAGACUGCUCUGCACCCCCCUGACUGGCUCCAGGGCAACUACAUGGCUGUGCGCUAUGAGGACCUGGUGGUUGAGCCCAUCAAGACCCUGCGGCGCGUGUAUGGCUUCGUCAACCUGGCGGUCAGCCCAGAGAUGGAGAAGUUUGCCCUCAACAUGACCAGUGGCCCCGGCACUGCGCUCAGCUACCAGCAGAUCAAGCAGGUUGAGGAGUACUGCCACCAGCCCAUGGCUCUGCUGGGUUAUGAGAGGGUGGGCAGCCCUGAAGAGGUGAAGGACCUCAGCAGAACGUUGCUCAGGAAGCCGCAGCUGUGA